AAAGAAAGAAAGAAAAGAAAAGAAAAACAACAGCAAAAAGUUAAAAAGAAAACCCUAACACAAAUGCAAUCUCACAUUUACGUAACGCGUAUAGCAUCUUCCUAAGGACUUCGUGUUUCACUUCACACGGCGAUCAGAUCAGUCUUCUAACUGGCGAUCAGAUCAGUCUUCUCACUGGCGAUAGAUUGUUACCUUUACUCAUAAUCGCAAUUCCCUGGAAUGGACCACUAUGUCAUGCCUGUGCCGAGAAGGGGUGAGAUGAAGCAUAAAGGAAGAAAUGUAGUUUGGUCGGUUGCAAUGGACAAGUGUCUUAUUGAAGCUCUGGCUAUUCAGGCUAAAAACGGCAAUAAGAUUGACAAAUGUUUCAAUGAAAACGCAUAUACCGCUGCUUGUAUUGCCGUGAAUUCUCGUUUUGAUUUAAACUUGAACAAUCAAAAAGUUGUGAAUCGCCUUAAGACGAUUAAGAAAAGAUACAAGGUAAUGAGAGAUAUGCUAAGUCAAGAUGGAUUUUGGUGGAAUCCAAAUACGAAAAUGAUCGAAUGUGACAAUGAAGAUCUUUGGAAAAGCUAUGUGGUGGCACAUCCUGAUGCAAAAGGGUUCCGAAGAAAACCGAUCGAGAUGUAUGAUGAGCUAAAGAUUGUUUGCGGAAAUUACCAAGCACCUAGUCGUUGGGCGAAGAUGAAGGAUGGAAGUCAUCCGACAAGCUAUAAGAACUUUGAAGAAGAUUCUGCUUCUUUUGUAUCACCAAGUUCAGAUGACGCAAGUGAUACUGAUGGAACACAGUCAUAUACAGGGCCCCCGGAGUAUUUGCAAGAUGGAAGUCAAGACCCUCCUCCGAUGGAGCCUCCCAGACAACUUCCAAAGCGACGACGUGGCUCAGAUUCUCUUCAAGAGGCAAUGCUUGCAGUGGCAUCCAGCAUUCGAAGGUUGGCUGAUGCCAUCGAGCAGAGUAAAACUACAAUCAAUGCCUCUGAAUUGCUAGACGCAGUUAUGGAGAUCGAUGGACUGGAAGAAGCUAAACAGAUGUACGCAUUCGAGUAUUUGAACGCUGACCCUAUCAAAGCGAGGGCCUUCAUGACAUACAAUGUUCGGAUGAGGAAAACGUAUUUGUUUAGACAGUUUUGGUGGUGGAAAUGAUCGGACCGGGGAUCGCAACUGCAAACAUUUUCGGUAUAUAAUUUACAAUAGCAUGGGGAUAUUUAUGGAUGUUGACACAUUAAAAACCUUGUUUCAGUCGUUCGUGGAGGUUAAAUGUACAGAUUUCAGAUGUUAAGUGAUUAAACAUUUAUGGUUUGAUGCUUUAGUCUCGUUUUGUAAA